CGUUUACAAUAAUUAUAACGUCAUAUGUUCAGAGCGGCAUUAGCAACAGCUGAAUCAAGCAAAAUACAACCAUUAUCAGACAAUGUUUCGGAAUUAUUACGCGGAAUAGGGUAUGGAAGAUCCGAGGGACAGUUGGUAUAAACCAAACCUGCUGUAUAACAUCCAUUACAAACCAACAAAUCCAGGGACACCACCAAAGAUGAAGAUAGUCACAAAGAAAUUCAAUCCAAGCUACUGUACUUGUGGGGAGCAUGGGUGUGAGCCACGUUAUAGAAUGGAAAGAGAAAUUGUAUGGUUAAAUAAUGAGCCAGAAAAUAAAGAAGAAAGAUUGCUAGUCGCAAGAAACGCUGGUAAUGAUAGCGUUGUGAAUGAUGAUGAUACCGAUGAUGCAGAAGUUAAUGAUGAUGCCGAUGAUGCGGAAGUUAAUUAUGAUGCCGAUGAUGUAAAUGAUAACGAUGAUGUUACUGAUGAUGUCGAUGAUAUAAAUGAUGCCGAUGAUGUUAAUGAUGAUGCCGAUGAUGCAGAAGUAAAAUAUGAUUGCCGAUGAUGUAAAUGAUACCGAUGAUGCUACUGAUGAUGCCGAUGAUGUAAAUUAUGCCGAUGAUGUUAAUGAUGAUGCCGAUGAUCCAGAAGUAAAAAUGAUGCCGAUGAUGUAAAUGAUACCGAUGAUGCUACUGAUGAUGCCGAUGAUGUAAAUGAUACCGAUGAUAUAAAAGAUGCCG